AUGAUGUGCGGGGUGAUGGCGCCACCCAUCUGCGGAGGAGGGCGCGGGGUAGGAGGCGCGUCUUCCCCGGCGGGGGGCGGGGGGGGGAUGGGCGGAGGGAUUGGAGGCAUAGUGGGCUUCACCAGCCGUGACCCCCGUGGUGUCGGUGGCAGCGACGAGGGGGGCAGCACGGGCAACCUGGAGUCGCUGAUGGUGAACAUGCUGACGGAGAGGGAGAGGCUGCUGGAGAGCCUGAGGGAGACGCAGGACAGUCUGGGGACGGCGCACCUACGCCUGCGAGAGCUGGGCCACGAGAAGGAGUCACUCCAGAGACAGCUGUCCAUCGCCCUGCCACAGCGGCUUCCGAACGGACCGUCCUCCAUCUUGGACGAUGCAGACGUCGACAGGCAGAGAGAGAGCGAGAUAGAGCGGCAGAGGUCAGAGCUGGGACAGCUGAAAGAGAGACUGGCCCUCAUGUGCAGACAGGUCGGGGAGAUCGAGGAGCAGCUGACGUCCGCCAGGAGGGAGCUGGCACGAUCGGAGGAGGCCAACCAGAAACUACAGAGGGAUGUGAAAGAGGCACUCUGUCAAAGGGAAGACAUGGAAGAGAGAAUCACCACAUUAGAACGCAGGUACCUGAGUGCCCAGAGGGAGGCGACGUCUCUCCACGACAUAAAAGACAAACUGGAGAACGAGUUGGCCAGCAAAGACUCUCUCUACAGACAGAGCGAGGAGAAGAACCGGCAGCUUCAAGAGCGUCUGGAUGAUGCCAAACAGAAGCUGCAGCAAACUCUGCAGAGGGCCGAGACGCUGCCGGAGAUCGAGGCCCAGCUCGCCCAGAGAGUGGCAGCACUCAACAAGGCAGAGGAGCGUCAUGGUAACUUUGAGGAGCGACUGCGACAGAUGGAGGCGCAACUGGAGGAGAAGAACCAGGAGCUACAGAGGGCGAGGCAGAGGGAGAGGAUGAACGAUGAACACAACAAGCGUCUCUCCGACACGGUGGACAAGCUACUGUCUGAGUCCAACGAGAGGCUGCAGCUCCAUCUGAAGGAGAGAAUGGCUGCCCUGGAAGAAAAGAAUGCCCUCUCUGAGGAACUGUCCAACAUGAAGAAACUCCAGGAUGAUCUCUUGGCAAACAAGGACCAGCUGAUAGCGGAGCUGGAAAGGCUUCAGCUGGAGUUAGAUCAGCUGAGAGCGAGGCCCGGGGGCUCUUAUUCCAGUCGCUCUCUGCCAGGUAGUGCUCUGGAAUUGAGGUAUUCCCACGGGGGCGGGUCCCUCCCGACCGGCUCCACAACUCACCUGGAUCCCUUCGGUAACGCAACCUCCGGGGGCGUGGUCAGGCGGAGUCAUCGGGCCCGUUGGAGCUCCGCCCGUGAGGACUCGACCAAGUACCCUGACUGGGAUAGCGGGGCUCUGCUGGGGACUGGGUUCGAGCCGGGCUUGGAUGUGGGCUGCUCCGAUGACGAAGACGACGGGGAGCCUCGGUUUGGCUCUGAGCUGCUGUCCCCAAGUGGACAGACAGACGUGCAGACCCUGGCCAUCAUGCUGCAGGAACAGCUGGAGGCCAUCAAUAAGGAGAUCAAACUGAUCCAGGAGGAGAAGGAGAACACGGAGUUGCGGGCCGAAGAGAUCGAGAGCAGGGUCAGCGUGGCUUUGGACAGUCCGCCCAUCCCUCCAUCAACCCUGGGGAGAGACAGCACAGGACGGGGCUUCAUCCCCUCGUCCAUCACAUCCUCCACCCUGGCCUCCCCUUCUCCUCCCAGCUCUGGGCACUCCACCCCUCGCCUGCCUCACUCCCCGGCCCGUGAGACUGAUAGACAGAACAACAAAGAUGAUGACCGGUCCCUCGCUCUUCUUGACUCUACGCCUCCUUCCACUCCUCGAGCGCUGCGAUUGGACAGAAUGACCCUCACCCAUCCAGGAGCAAUGCUAGAUGACCCCCGGGAGUUUCGCAGUCUCUCGGCAGAUGGCAGCAGCUCCAACAGCAGCCAAGAUUCUCUCCACAAGUCCAGUAAGAAGAAAAGCAUCAAGUCUUCCAUCGGUCGGCUUUUUGGAAAGAAGGAGAAAGGAAGGAUAGGCCAACCUGGGCGGGAUGGAUCUGCUUCUCUCGCAUCUACACCCUCUGAAGACCUGGCCUCUGGAGACCCAAUGGGGAUAAACAAGACUGGGACUCUGGGUCCUGCAGAUAAAGAUCGCCGCAGCAAGAAGAAGCAUGAGCUACUGGAAGAAGCAUGUCGCCAAGGACUUCCCUUUGCAUCUUGGGACGGACCCACUGUUGUAUCUUGGUUGGAGCUGUGGGUGGGAAUGCCAGCCUGGUACGUCGCAGCCUGUCGUGCCAACGUGAAGAGCGGUGCCAUCAUGGCCAACCUGUCGGACACGGAGAUCCAGAGGGAGAUCGGCAUCAGUAACCCGCUUCACCGCCUCAAACUGCGGCUGGCCAUCCAGGAGAUGGUGUCCCUCACCAGCCCCUCUGCCCCGGCCAGCACUCGCUCUUCGACCAGUAACGUUUGGAUGACCCACGCAGAGAUGGAGUCUCUGAAUGCUGCCACCAAGCCUCCGGAGCUGAAAGAGUUCAGCUGGGAUCAGAUACUGGCCUAUGGCGAUAUGAAUCACGAGUGGGUGGGCAACGACUGGCUGCCCAGCCUGGGCCUGCCACAAUAUCGCAGCUACUUCAUGGAGUCCCUGGUGGAAUGUGAUGGUGUGGUCCAAUGAGCGCGUGAUGUGCUGGGUGCAGACUCUUGGUCUGAAGGAGUACGCAGACAACCUGCGUGAGAGUGGAGUCCACGGGGCUCUGCUGGCUUUAGACGACACCUUUGAUUACACUGACCUGGCCCUGCUGCUGCAGAUCCCCAAUCAGAACACACAGGCCAGACAGCUCCUGGAGCAAGAGUACAACUCCCUCAUCUCCAUGGGAACCGAGAGGCGACCCGAUGAGGAUGGUACCAAGACGUUCACCCGCUCGCCCUCCUGGAGGAAGAUGUUUAGAGAGAAAGACCUCCGGGGCGUGACCUCUGACUCCGCCGAGACCCUGCCUGCUAACUUCCGUGCCUCAGCCAUCUCCACGCCCUCCGUUACCCUGAGAAAGGUCCAGAGUGACGCCAGCUCUGGUGCCCGGGGUGAAUCUGCCUCAGUGAGGACGUACUCCUGUUGAGGGGCUGAGGGCGCUGACUGGAUUGGGACUAGAGGACCCUCUUGCUCAUCCACAGAGAAAGAAGCAAUGAAUAUAACCAUUUAACUUAAAAAUAAAUCUAUCGGUCUGACCAUUCUGCAAUAACAGAAGCAAAGGAAUAAAGGGGAAAAUGACAUGAAGAAUGUAUGAAUGUGUUUUCCGACCAGACUAGGAGGGUUGAAUUGGGAUCAGCUGUUUUCUCUCUCUGUCUCUCUCUCUUCCUGUCAUUCUGUCUUUGCUCUUUCUCUUUUGAUGUGACUGUGCUGUGGGGUUAAUAAAGGACAACGCCGGUGUUGGUUGGGUUUGUGCCGGUCGUGCAGGUUUCCCCUCUCUUCAUUCCUGUCAGAGUCUGUACACAGUCAGCAGAGUUGGCAAUAUCAGGGCUCAUUUUCCUACCUUCAGAGGAAACCACUUGCUGCCAUUUAUUCUCUUACAGUUUAAAAACAACUAAACGUGUCGCCUUAUAACUUCUGCUCCACAACAGGUGUUUUUAAUGAGAGCCAGGGCAGAAGUAAACCUCAUCGUAAAGUUUAGAUUUUAAAAACAAGAGGAAUGACUGGAAGGAUGUUAAAAUGAUUGGGGGAAAUGACUGCAUGGACAUAAAACCGGUUAUAACUCCAAACAACACCAGUGUUCUCCUUUCUACUCAUGAGUCAGCCGGUGUCCAGUGUCAGCCAUUGUGGCUCCAUUGUCGGCUUCUAUGGUCCCGUCAGGGGUGUCUAAGUGCUCCCAAUUGGUCGGAGUAGUGUAGUAAAACACGUCUGAACUCAGACCAUUAUUUAGCUCCGACCACAUCAGAGGGACCUUCCUCAUGCUUUGUCUAUUGGCACCUUGAAAGCCGAUAGGCUGAAUAAUCUCUUUUGAAGGGACCCUAUUAUAGAGAUCAAAGGCAUUAGAGGUUGAUGGGACAGGGUGGAGGGAGGCCACAGAGGCAUUGUGUUCACUGAUUUCACAGUGUCGAUGGCAGGAAAUCCAUACAGUCAGCAUUGGUACCACUUUCUGGCGUACUUUACAAGGAGUUUAUAAAUUCUUACAUUUGGGUCUAUCAAUUUUAAAGGGGAACACCACAUAUUUUUACAUUACAUUGAGUUUACUCAUCAGGAAGAGUGUGAAAACGGUUGUGGGAUGUCUUCUUUGGUGCUGGAGGAGCUAAACCCUCACAAUGCCAUAGUGAUUCCAUCAGGGAAAUUUAAAAUUGGUUUGCUGGGCAUUUAGGAGAUACAGGGAUUAUUGAAAGACGAUACUGUGUUGCGUUCCGGGAAAUGUAGGAUCCACCAUUCUUGGAGCUUCACCCAUAUUAGAGACUAUAAAGUCAGGAUGUAUCUGCUUCUGAUGCUUCGAUUUUCACCAAUUUAAAAAAUAAAUCUGCCUCUUGUGAGAUGCCCAACUUUGUCCAAGAGCAAUGCUAAAACAUUUAAAUACUCAUUCAAUAAGUAAUGUAUUAAUGCUUUACAGAAAAAGAAGUAAAGCAUAUACUACAGUAAUAACAACACAUUUUAGUUUGCCAAAUUGUAAAAAAUCCAUUUGAAUGGUUCUUAUUCUUUGUGAGGACACCACUGAUGGACAGUUCAAACACACACAUUACCUUCUAUAACUGCAGACCUGUAGCUACAUAUGAGGCUCAUGUAAAAAGUCAAGUUUUCUGACUUAGCAAUGAGCCAAAUGCAGCUUUAGUAAUAAAAGGUUCUUCCACUCCAAAUAUCUACCCUGAGUAGAAUUUAAAAUGUUAUAAUAAGUUGUUAAUAGAUGGAUUCAGAAUGACAAGAUCUUAUUUGUAUCUUAUUUCUGCAUUUCUACAAAUUGAAACAUAAUUAACAUGAAAACGCCUCUGAUUGCGAAUUGUAAACCCUUGGUAAAGUAUGCCUUAUAACAACGUGGUACCAAAGUGUUGCUUAUAUUUAGGAAAGCUUGACCUUGACACUGAGGUCAGACAGACUCCUCACUAGCCCUCCACGAUGCCGUUGUGCGGUUUAUGACUUGUAAUCAUCAGCUCAGGGUCUUGGGUAAUCCUGAUGAUGGGAGAGGGUGUCAGAGAGACAAAACAGCAACUCACAGGGAGGAAAGAAAAAAACUAAAAGGGUGGACAGAAGCCGGUCAUUUUACUGCACACACAAGCCAUAACAGAAACCAAGAGCUCUCUGGGGGGUGAGAUCAGAUAGAGGCAGGAAGAGAGGGCGAGCCCGAGGAAGCCCAGGAAACAAAACCUUUAGCCUCUGUGUUUACGAUGCAUGUCAAACAAACGACAAUGACCUAAAAAGAUUUUUUUGGUGGUGAAGAUGAUAUGAGGUGUCUUUAAAAAAAAUAUAUAUCUGUAUGAUAAACCUACAGGGGGUGGGAGCCUGGGGAUCAAUUUGUAAAAUGUGUGUAUUUUUUUCAGUUGUAUUUUUUAUUUUUUACGAUAUCUAUUUAUUUUCUUUAGGUAUGUAUUGGAUAAACGUAUGUACAUGUUCUGUUCCUUCUUGACUUCAUUUGAACUAGUUUUAAAAGUAAAUAUGAAACAUUGAAAAUGGUCAUUCAAAUACGCUACUGUAUGUGUACAUUUUGAGAACAAAUUGUGCAAUGAUUUAACAGAUUUCCAUGAUUAAAGUGAUAGUAAUACAAAUGGAAAAUAUCAUCUGGAAAAUAAACAAUAAUGAUGAUGAUGAUAAUGA